AUGGUGAAUAACGAGUUGUCUCUGUAUGAUGCGCUCCGGAAAACAAAUGACGAGGAUGAGAGCGAAGAGGAGGAACAUGGACUAGAUAACAUGGAUGUUGAUUCUGCAGACAUGGAAGGUGGGGAGGCCAUGGUUAGAACUCCUAUUCCUUGGUUAAGUCAAGUAAAUGAGAAUUAUGAGGUUGAUCAAUAUUGGGCCGAAUCAGGUAGUCAUACAACAUUUGUGAUUGGGGGAGAGUUUGAGAAGGGUAUGUUAUUUGAAUCUAAGAAACUGCUUCAGGAAAUGGUGAAGAAGUAUUCUAUACAAAAGAACCAAUUCUAUACCACAGUGACCUCGAAUGAGAAGGUCCUUCAUCUGCGGUGCAAGAAGGAUUGUGGUUGGUCGCUACGAGGUACUAAAAAAAGUGAGCACUCAGACGGCUUUACCAUAGUCACAUACAACGGCCCGCACCGGGAGACCUGUGUCACUGAAGUGUUGUCUACAGAUCAUGCACACUUGGAUUCAUCCAUAAUUUCCGAUUUUGUGAAGUCUUUUGUGCAGAAAGAUCCAUGCUUGAAAGUUGAAUUUAUACAGGAACUCAUAUCCAAGCAUUUUCAGUUCGAUGUUAGUUAUCGAAGAGCAUGGUAUGCUAGGGAGAAAGCCAUAGCUGAAGUAUUUGGAUAUUGGGAGAGUUCUUAUGGCAGACUUCUGCACUUCAUGGAAGCACUCAAACAGUCAAACCCGGGAACUGUUGUUGUAUGGAAACACAAAGCUCUGGUAGACGGUGUUUAUUACAGCAACAUGGAAGUGUUUGAACGAUCGAAGGGGAAAACACUUCCCGCUGGUCUUGGUUUCUGGGCUGCAUUCGGGUUCAUGUCACUCAACGAAGAUGGUCUCUGUGUUAUAUCUGAUCGACAUGCUGGGAUCAUUGCAGCAAUGAAUGACCCUAACGUUGGAUUCACCGAGCCGCGAGCCUAUCACAGGUUCUGUGUUCGGCACUUGGCUUCUAACUUGAAGACUCACGUGCGAAGAAACGACAUUAGAGAUAUGUUCAAGGCUGCUGCGUACCAAAGGCAAGAAAGAAAACUGCAAGCUGAUUUGAGUUUGAUCGGUCAGGCAUGUACCAAGGCCAUACAUAUUGUCCAAGUGCCCUUGCCUAUGUGGUCUUUGUUUCACGACACUGGUCGCAGAUAUGAGAUAUGUACUAUGAACUUCUCAGAAACAUUUAACAAUGUGUUGAAGGGUGCUCGAUUUCUACCUAUCAUGUCCCUUGUUGAGUUAACAUUCCACAGAUUGAAUAAGUAUUUCACUGAUAGAAGGGAAUUAUCUGAGGCUAGAUCUGAAGAGGGACUUGCAUACCCCCCCAAAGUCACUUCCACGUUGGAGAAAAACAUCGCAAAGGCUAGAUAUCACAAAGUGGAAGCGUAUAACCGUCGACUACAUAUAUAUCAAGUUGAAACAAAGAGGGGAUAUAGAAUUGGUAUAAAAGGAGGCCAUAGACAUACUGUUAACUUUCAGUUAAGAACGUGUACAUGCAAUAAACCACGAAUCUUCCACCUCCCAUGUUCUCAUGUUCUAGCAGUUUGUGCGAAGUAUUCGAUAUUAGAGCGGCCAUGGGUGGAUCGGAUACCAUGGACACCUGAGAUAGCACACCCAGACCCACCGACACUUCUGUCCUUACACUACAGGACACACAUCACAGCGUUGACAUUUGGACUCAGUCGGUUGAUCCGGCGGGCAUACUGA